AUGGCGGCGCCGUUGGAAUCAGCGCACCAGAUCGCGCGGGACUUUAACCUCCCCGCACCGUCCACCAUAAAGGUCAAGAACCUGCGCGCCACCAUCCAGGGCCCGAGCGACGCAUGGGGCCGGCCCGACCGGCCGCAGCCCGUCGCCGUCUCGGCCGCCGUCUCGCUCGACGCGCCCUUUGGCGCCUCCUCCGCCACCGACACCGUCGCCGGCGACACCGUCCACUACGGGCUCCUCAGCAAGGCCGUCCUAUCCGUCCUCUACUCGCCCGCGCUGCCGGCCCGCAGCCUGCGCAGCCUACUGGACACGAUAUGGUCGGAGAUGACGGGCUUCGACUCGCGCGGACAGGACGUCCGCGCGAGCGCGCAGAAGCAGCAGCAGAUUCAGCAACCGCCGUUUCUUCACUUUGCAGCGCUGCGGGCGCUGGAAAUCUCGGUGCAUCUGCCAAAGGCGACGCUUCUCGGUGACGGUGUGAGCUUGACGGUCACGGGCGGCUUCGAACCGGCGGCGGACAGCGACGCUAUGGUAGUCAAGUCGCUGAUGCGACAGAGCGCCGUAUCGCUCAAGAUCCACGGCCUGCGCGUACCGACCUUGAUUGGCGUUAACAGCAACGAGAGGCUCGCCAAGCAAGUUGUCGUCGCGAGCGUGGAAAUCGACAGACUAGAGGACGACCUGGACGUCUACCCGGAGCUUGAACAGGUUGUGGUCCAGGUCAUGUCCGACUCUUCGUACGAGACUCUCGAGGCGCUGGGGACGCGGCUGACCGUGGCCGUUGCCGCGCACCUCCACAGGAAGCAUACGCAACCUCGCGACGGCGCGGGAUGGGACAUCAACAUUUCGCUGGAGAAGCCGGUAGCAGUACCCCUUGCCGACGCGGCGUGUGUAGAGAUGAGCACAAACACGGUCAACGUACCGAAUGAAGAAAGCACGAGUCUGUGA